AUGUUGACACGUCUCUUGGCCUUGGCGGGUGUGGCUCCUAGCAUGGUAGUCCACGGCCACUUCAUUAGACAUGAUGCUUAUACGCUCGAAGAGCUGUAUGAACCAUGGGUUUCACCCGCCACGGAAAUCGCCUCUUCAACAGAUGCCAACUUUUCUUCCGUUGUUGGACCGCGGUGGUCGGCUUGGGAAACGCCGCAUUGGUCUGGGGCAAUCAAGCCCGCAACGGAAAAAGAUCUCCAGAAAGUGGUCCAAAUAUCAGUUGCAAACAAGAUCCCAUUCAUUGCAACCAAUGGUGGCCAUGGUCCGAAAGUCGGUCAAGACCAGUUUACCGGCAUCAACGUGAACCUUGCCAGUUUUAAUACUGUCAAUAUUGAUACCGCCAACAAUUUGGUGACCAUUGGAGCUGGCGUCAAGUUGUGGGAUGUCCAAAAAGGGUUGUAUGAUGUCGGCAAAGAAAUCCAAACCGGCAAUUCCAUCUGCCCGGGUGCCAUUGGGGUUACCAUCGGCGCCGGCAUUGGCAUGAUGACGGGCAUGUACGGUCUAAUGAUCGACACGCUUAAGUCUGUCCGUAUUGUGACCGCAAAGGGCCAAUUGGUGAAGGCUUCGGCAACGGACAACAAGGAUCUCUUCUGGGCAAUUCGCGGAGCCGGUAUCAACUUUGGCAUUGUAACAGAAGCAACCUACAAAAUCCAUGAACAAACCAACCACGGCAAUCUGACCGCAGUUACUUUUGUCUACGCGGCACCGUCUAAUCGUUCGCUCUGGGAGACCAUGAAAACGUUUGAUGGCAACCAGCCAGCCAAGCUAUCCUUCCAAGCGGUCAUCAGGUUUGACCGGACUACCGACUCGUCGAGUAUUGUUUUGCAGCUCUGGUACUUUGGCCCUGUGGCGGAGGCACAGCCAUACGUUGACCAGUUUGCCGCUAUCGGUCCGGUUGUUAAAUCUGUGACAUAUCUGCCCCAGACCGACGUGUUCUACCAGUCCCAGACGGCUGGAGUGUGCGACAGGGGAAACAUCAUCAGUGCACACACCUUGGGCUUUAAGCAAACUGACGUCGCAAGCUAUGAGGCUCACUUUGCGGAUAUGACGGCCUUUUACAAGGCAAAUCCUGCGUUUAAGGGAGAAUCUGUGCUCCAGUAUUACAGCAACGAGGUGACUAUCCAGACACCAGUGUCUGAAACUGCUUUCCCGUGGCGUGAUAUUCAAGUGUGGUGGCUCACACAAAACGAAUACACGGACGCCUCAAUCAGGCCUCAGGUUGAUCAGUUUAUGAGCGGACAACGCACGAAUCUACAGGCAACCAGCGGUUUCUCUACGCCUCACGUUUAUUUGAACUAUGCCUAUGGGGACGAAGGAGCGGCCGCAUGGUAUUCUGCAGCCAACUUGCCCAAGCUUCGAGAACUUAAAUCCAUAUGGGAUCCCUCUUGUAUAUUUGGAAAUGGGGCGUCUAUUUACUAA